AUGAAUAUGAGUAUCGGCAGGGGCUUCGCAUUUCGCAAUCAUUUCAGAUUCCUCCCUUCCCGGAAUCGAAAUCAACAAAACCUAAAUACAGCAGGCCCCACCGAUAAUUUCGCAUCAGGGAAGGAGAGGUUGGCGAAUAGCCAAAGAUUCGUACACACAAUGGCAGGACACAUGGGACCCACGAGCCUUUGUGAUUUCUAAUAAUAAAAAAACCGACUCUUAUAAUUAUGAUGUAAACAUGUUUUUCUCCAACAAAAACUCCACAAGCAGCCACAAGUUUCAUUUUUUUCACAUGUUUAAAAGUUGCUCGAGUAUGCCUUUUUGGGGAUCAUGGUCUUUUGCUUGUUGUUUUUUACUUCACUUUGCCAGUGCGAAGACGCAUCAAUCGUUGAAUGAAAAGUUUGGUGGUGCUUUGACGGAUUCCGGUGAUUAUCUUUAUGGUUCGAAUAAAUGGGGUGAUGAUGGCAGUGGAAGUCAAAAUAUGACUGUAUGUUGAUGAUCGUUAUUUCGAUGUUGAUCAUUGAUUUUUGCGGGAAUAUGAUAUUGAUAUCCCUUUCAUAGGUCCUUCUAGCAGAUACCAAUGGUGCAAGUUUUAACGCGACGUGGAUGUGGGAAAAAAAUAUUGAAUAUGUAUGUCUCUCCAUCACCCUAAGGUCCUCGCCAUCGCUCUCGAACUCCAGUCCUAACAAACAACAGGUCCACGCCUACCCCAACGUCGGAUUCGAAUCCAUCCAACUCCCCACGCAAAUAAUCAACAUCGCAACCUUCCAUCUAAGCGGCAGCUGGUCCGUUUUUCCCGAGGGCCAAGAAUCUGCCACAGACAUGACCACAGCCCUCAACGCCGUCGCCUGCAAGGCCGACAUCGCGCUCGACAUUUUCCUCGACAGAAACAACGUAUCCUCAAGCAACGCCUCAGCCGCCACGCACGAAAUAAUGAUCUGGCAAUCCGUCUGGGGCGGCGUCUGGCCAAUCGGCUACUAUGAGCCUUCAACCAACGCUCCCGAAUACACAUUAAGCGGGGUCACGUAUCAACUAUUCAGCGGCUUCAACCAACAAGGACAAAAACAAGCUGUAUUUUCCUGGGUUCCAAAAAUAUAUCAAGAAUCGAUUGAUGCGGAGAUCUUCGAACUCGUACAGGAACUCGUUCGGUUGGGAAAUGUAACGGCCGAUAUGUAUAUUGGACUUGUUCAAUUUGGAUCCGAAACGGUACAUGCGGCGCAGCCGGUGGAAUUGCAAAUGAAGGAUAUUCAGAUGAGUAUAGGAGUGUCGAGUUCGAAGACUGCGGCGCCGUCGGCGACGAGUACGAGUAAAGGGGCUGCCGAUAGGUUUGCGGCGCAGAUUACGAAUUUUGCUGUUCCGGCUGCGUUGGGGUUGGGAGCCAUGUUGGUGGUUUGAGGAGUUUGGUUGGAUGGGGUUCGGUGUACGUUAUCAGUAUAUAUGAAUAUCACUAAUGAUUGCUUUUAAGUCGAUGUG